GCGGAAUCAUGAUGUUUGUUGUCGGCACAACUUCAUCUCUGUGUGAAAUUAUAAUUUUUCAUUUUAAAGUCGGGCCUUUUCAGUAGGUUUUACGCAAGGGGAGUCCACUUAAAACUAACAAUGUAACAAUGUGAAGGUAGGCCGUGUAUUUAUCGACCCUGGCACCGCAGUGGAGAUUCAGCAGCUGGAUGCGGUCGGCAUGCUGUAGACCAGUCACAAUCUUCUUCGUCGUAGACAUGCUCUUGUUAUUAAGUUUGUGUUUCGUAACAUAAGAUCUAAAUGAUCAAAACAAGUCUUCCAAACUUGUGUAUAGUAGUAUUAUUAUUAACGGAUACAAGGAACCAAGUCUAGUGUUUAGCAGCACAAAACAUCAUAACCAUCAGUGAUGCUGGUGCAUGCAAAUUCUGCUGCGCUCUCUUAUUCAUUGUAAGAUGUAAACAGCUGUAAUACCAUUUAUAUAGAAGGUGUGUAGCAGUUUGUAGGUUUCUUGCAAUUUGUAAACAGUCUUUCAAAGUAACUCCAAAACGUUACCAGCCUAUGAAGCAGUGGCCCAUGCAGUGAUGCCUCCAGUCAUGUCUCAGAUAAGUGAUCCAAAGAUCGCUUUUGCCUACCUGCGCCCGGCCUGUGUCCUGCUCACCCGAGAGCCCACAGUGGCCAAUGUGGAGACACUGAACAGCCAGUUAAAAGAAGUCAGUGAUGCCACGUUGCAGCAGCUCCAGGAGUACAUCCUCUUCCCUCUUCGAUUUGUCCUUAAAGUCCCCGGGGCUAAGAAGGAGCAGCUGGUGCAGUCUGUUGUCGAAGCAGUGAGCUAUGUUCUGGAGAACACUUGCAUCCAGAGCUGGGAAACCCUCCACAACCUCUUCUCAGAGCUUUGCCUCUGCCUUUCCUCUUCAACUGAUCCUGGGAAGCCUGCAGAUACAUCAGAGGAGCUGAAAUCAGCUGUUCUGAGGUGUCUGGAUGCCCUGUUUCAUGCUGCUUAUGGUGAUAUAUUCUUAAAACUCUUUGAACCAAUUAUGCUACCUGGACUGGGCGCUGCAGUAUCAUUGCUGCUGGCUUUAGGAGAGAAGGAGAAAUCUCGAGAUAUACAGGCAGCAGCCUUGAAGUGCCUCCAGGCUUUGACUCUGCAGUGUGACUGCACUAAGGAGCACAUAGUCCCAUCAUCAGAAGAGCGAUGUUUUAUAGGCAGCACCAUGGCAUCAUUUUUACCUGGAAUCACUAUGGCUGCGGCCAGGAUCGUUACAGGAGAUCUGAGGCAAGGCCAUGCAGUCACAGUCCGGGCCAUCAAGGUUUGGUCCAGGACUGUGGGGCUUGUCAUGGAAGACAUUCAGCUUCAGUCCACUGAGUCCCAUAAGACUCCCUCCCCAGACCUGGGGAGGAUCGGACAGUUGGUAGUCCAUCGGACGCCAGAGUGGGUGAAGAACACGGCGGGGAAGUUGUCUGUGCUGCUGAAGAAAAUAAUCUCGUGCACCUCAGCCCACCAGCACUGGAGAGUUAGACUGGAGAUGGUGGAGCUGGCUGACCACCUGCAGGCCAGAUGUAGUCAGUCACUGGGAGAGUGUGUAGGACCACUAUUAGAAGCUCUAGUGGGGGCAAUCAAUGAUGAGGAACCCAGAGUCAGAGAGAGGUGCGAGGUUGCUCUCAGAGAGGUAUCACAGAGGAAUCAGAGCUGCGGUGGAAACAGCAGCACCCAGACCUUCACUGAUGUCUUGUCUGAGAAUCUCCACUCUUUGGCCACCUCCCUACCCAGACUGAUGAGGACCUCUGAUGACCAGAAGAAGCUCUUUGUUCUUAAUGUAUUUUUGGGCUACUUAAAAGUCUUAGGACCACUUGUCUCUGUGGUGCUCAACUCUGCUGCACAUCUGGAGAGGAUCUCCAAAGCCUUAAUGCAGGUGCUAGAACUCGAUGUGAUGGAUGUUCGCAUUGUGGAGGAGAGGAGUUACAGUGCUGCCAUAGAGACGAGCACCGGCUCCCACGAUUCCUGCACCGCUCACACACAGAGGAAGCAUUUUCUCUACUUCACAGAUGAGAAAAUCUUCUCUGUGCUCAUGGAGAUCUGUCGGACAUUAGGUUAUUAUGGCAACAUUUACCUACUGACUGAUCACCUCCUGGACUUGUACUGCCAGUCUUCAGUGUACAGAAAGCAGGCUGCCAUGGUGUUAAAUGAGAUAAUCAGGGGUGCAGCAGGCAUGGCUGUGGCAAAGCAGGGUCAGGGUUUGGAGAGCAAAGUUCAGGGAAACUCUGCCACCCAGGAAGAUAUUAAAGCGGCUGUGGUGUCUAUCAUUGAAGAAUACACCAGCCUGAACAACUGGCAUUUGAUUACAGUCAGCGAGGAGACAGAUAGAGACCGACAGGAUCAGCAGCUGCUCAGUCAAUCCAGACUCCUCUCCAUAUCCAACAGUGAUGCUGGCAACUCCAAUGCAAGCUCUCUACAAGUAAUUCCUCCACCAUCAACAUCUACUUCCACCGUCCACCAGCUCAACAGCAACAUCUGGCAGCUGUGCAUCCAACUUGAGGGCAUCGCCUGCUUUGCUCAGGCGCUGGGCCGUGACUUCCGUCCGUUGUUGAUGACCUCACUGUAUCCUGUGCUUGAGAAAGGUGGUGAGGAGACACUGCUGGUCAGCCAGGCGGCGCUCAGCUCCAUGUGGGCCAUCAGUAAGGCCUGUGAAUACACGUGCCUUAAGGAACUGAUCAAUGAGAACUCUGACUACUUGCUCAGUGACAUAUCACUCAACCUGCAGAGGCUCAGCCAGCAUCCACAGGCUCCACGGGUGUUGACAGUUAUGUUGACUCACUCUGACUGCAGCCUGCUGCCUCUGGUCGGGGACAUCGUUCAGGAUGUGCUGACGGCUCUGGAUCUCAGCUACGAGCGCACAGCUGCUCUUUUCUGCUCUGUGCUCCACGCGCUCAUGAAGGCACUGGCAAGGUGGUUUCCUUCCAUUUGCAGCAGGACCAGUAGGUCUGCCACUUCCAAGCAGCGCUCCAAUGACCAGGAAGACCUCAGCAUUCGCCAAUUCCUGCUGAAUUACCGCAAACAGAAAGAAUUGGCAGAAGGCAUUGGAAUAGAGGAUGACGACACUGAAGACCUAGAGGUCCCUCCUCCCACAGAGCGUGAGGAUGUUGAAGAUAUUGGUAGUCCUGAUGUGAAAGCAGAGCUUCCCUCCCACCUCAGCAUCACUAAAGAUGUUAUGGAGCGCUGCAUUCAUCUGCUGUCUGACCCCAGCCUCAGGCUCCGACUCAAGGUACUGGACGUGCUGGAGUUGUGUGUACAUGUACUGAGUGAGAGGGAAAAUGAAUUACUGCCCAUGGCUCAUCGCUGCUGGCCAGCACUCUUACAGAGACUCACAGCUGAUGAUCCAUUAGCGGUCCUCAGAGCCUUCAGGGUGCUGAGUGUGCUGGGUGAAACAUGUGGAGACUUUCUGAGGAGGAGGGUUUCCAAAGAGGUUCUGCCCAAUCUGAGCUCCUCUCUGGCACGGCAGGCUCCGAUCAGCGCCAAGGCUGGGCCUGUCUACACACACACGCUGGCCUACAAACUGCAGCUGGCUGUAUUGCAGGGGCUGGGCUCACUGUGCCAGAGGCUGGAUCUAGGUGAAGCAGACCUGGAUGCUGUUUGUGAAGCCUGUCUGCCCUACCUAAGCUGCAGGCAACCCGUCAAACUACAAGAGGCGUGUUUAAGCGUUUUCCAACACCUAAUCCAGGUGGAUCCGGACACCUUCUGGUUUACUCUAAAUGAGCUGCAUUGCCCAUCCUCUUACAUCCCACCCCACCCUGACCUCCAGCCGGUGCAGCUGAACGGGAUGGGCAGGCCAAGAGACGAGUUCUCGGACAACACGCUGAAACUGCUGAGGGAGGAGUUUGGCUCAGUUGCUGAGACAGUUAACCAGCCAGUCAGCUAAUGAACUGUUGAUUAUUGAGACUGGCUCAUCUCUCAAACAGACAGCUUAUUGAACCACUACUCCAACAGGUCAAUUUGCUGAAAGAAAGUCUGUCAGCUGUGCCAAAAAGCAGCUGUCAGAUAUGUUUGUGAUAACCUUUUAUGGUAUGCACAACUCUGAUAAGCAGCAAGAUAUAAAGGAAACCAGGAACAAAUCUGGCAAGUCUUCUACAGGUGAUAUGUGCUGAAAGAGCUGUGGAUUUCAUUUCAUCAGUUUUUGUUUUUCACAGGCAUAUAAUGGAAAUGCAAAUGUUAGAUUUUCUAUUUCUUUUUACGUUGUGUCUUUGAGAGAAUUACCUAAAUUUUUAAUUUCUAUUUUUUUUGUAAACUUGAAAGAUAAUCACCAAAGAUCACCCUGUAUGGAAUUAUUUAAUUAUGGGUCAUGCUGAUGUCCAAGCAUAGUGUUCUUGUUACUGUGUGAGACGUGUCUGUACCACAGAGGAUUGAAAGGCUUGUUGACUGUUCAUCUGGCCAGAUAGGCAACAGUAUGCUUGAUGACAUAAUUAAAAAAAAAAAACCUUAUCUGUUAAUACUGAUGAAAAAUUAAGUCUCUUUUUAGCUGAAUUUUAACUGGUAAAAAAUACAAAUUAAAUUUCUAACACAGAUUUUCUUAUAUUAAGAUUUAAAUUUUAGUCUGUAACAUAUUGGUUGAUAGUAAUUUUAAAGGUUUCUUCCCAAAAAACUUCAAAUAAAUCACAUGAAAGAUCAAAACUAACAGGUGAGUUGAUAAGUUCAAAAGUAUCAACUAUUCAUCCAAAACCUCAUCAUUUAUUUGUGCCUGAAAGCUUUAAAGUCCAGCUCAUCAGUGAGCCACACUGUCACCGUGCCGGACGUGUUCCUGAUGUCAGGCACGGUGACAGUGCCGCUACUUCACUGAUACAUUCAUUACAGUGAAGUACUUCAUUUGUCAUCAAUCUGACACGUGGCGAAUAUCACAAUAAAUACCGAGCAGUACAUAUUGCCCAUUAGGUGAAUUAUUCAUUACAAUAUAAGUCACUGGAAACACAUUAUAUAUCACAACUAUAAUCAACAAUUUCUUUGAAUAUAUUAAAAAUGACCUGUCCACAUACAAAGAAGCAAUGUGGAAGCCUGUGUGUUGUUUUACAAUAGCGAUAACUGAUUUCACUUUUUUGUAAAGCAAAGAAAAUAUUUAUUGUCACUGUGAUAGCUGAUUUUCUUA